CCGAAGCAUUGCUGUGCGUGCCGAGCCAGACAUGUUCUAUUGGUCAUGUCUUGCGUUUUCUUUUGCAUUUGCCGGUGAGAUAGGCGAGAGAGCGUGAGGCGGUGGUACGUACGCACUUGUGUUGUUAUCAUCUCAGAUUUCCUGUGUCGGAACGUGUGGUGCGACACGACGGUACUAAUUUUUUGGCUGGGUGACCAAAUCUACGAAGAGGCCUACGGUAUAGAAGAGGUGGGAAGGACUAGGGUCGCAGCCAUAUUGUGCAGCUUACGCGCAUUUGGCUUGUGUGACUAGAACUGACUGACACAAGCUGUAUCGGCAAGGUCCACCAAGGUCUUCGAUCAUGCUGAGCAAACUGUCGUUUGCAGCAGUAGCUCUGCUAGCACGUUUGUCUGGAGGCUGCGAGGAUCAUGACUGGACUUCACCUCUGACGGGCGGUGGCGUCUUGGACCACGCUCUGAUGAGCCGUCAUGAUAUCGAAAAACGAAUCCAGCCCAGCGCCGAAGCUACCCUCCCACAACAAAUCAAGGACAUUCACUGGGGUCAGAUCAAUUUUCUAUCGACCACAGAUACCCAUGGAUGGCUCGCUGGACAUCUGCUUGACGAGAACUACUCUGCCGACUAUGGAGACUUUGCCGACUUUGUUAGGAAGAUGAAAGCCAAGGCUGAUGUCCUGGGAGUUGAUCUGCUUCUCAUUGACAGCGGCGACUUGCACGAUGGUACUGGGUUUGGUGACGCGACGACACCGAAUGGGAAGUUCACAUUGCCCAUCUUUAAGCAAUUACCAUACGACCUGCUCUCCAUCGGUAACCACGAACUCUACACAACUCAGAUUGCGAACGACACAUACCACAAUUUCGCUCCGAACUGGGGCGGACGCUACUUGACAAGUAAUGUCGACAUCUAUGACAAUGGCGUACAAAAGCCCUUCGCGGAUCGCUACGCAUACUACCAGACGAAGAUGGGCAUCCGUAUUAUGUCGUUUGCUUUCAUCUUCAACUUCACUGGCAACAGUAAUGCUACAGUCGUUACUCCAGUUGGUACUGCAGUCCAACAAUCUUGGUUCAAGGAGCAGGCCAGCCGGCAGGAUAUUGACCUAUUCGUCAUCAGUGGCCACAUUACUCUUCGACAGUCGACGGAGUGGAACCUCAUAUACGCCGCGAUUCGACAAUAUCAUCCCACCACACCCAUUCAAAUCUUCGGUGGUCAUCGACAUAUUCGCGAUGCUGUCGCUUGGGAUGCUUCUGCUGUUGGUACUGCCGCAGGUAGGUACUGCGAGACAGUAGGAUGGACAAGCAUUGAUGGGCUACCUUCGAACGUGACUCGUGCAAAGAGUCCUCAGGGAAGCGGCACAAUCAAGAUAACGAAAGCAUCAGCAAUUCCUCAGCUGAACUUCACGCAACCGAUCUCGUCAAAUUUGAGCUAUACGCGUCAGUAUCUGGAUUUCAAUAGACCUACAUUUGAGAAACAUACCGCGUCUCUGGGACAAGAGUUCAAUACUUCUUACGGACAGGGAAUCUCGAACCAAAUCACAUCGAACAUCAGCACGCUGCCUCAGCUUACGAACCUGCUUGGCUGCGCGCCUGAUUCGUAUUACCAGAGCCGCUUUCCGGCUUCGUCGCCGAACAAUUUGUACACUUGGCUUGCGACAACUGUCUUCCCAGCUGUUGUAUACGCCCCUGAUCGAAACAACACUCCCCGUAUAAUCAUGACCAACACUGGAGGCUUUCGAUACGACAUCUUGAAGGGUCCUUUCACCUUGGACAACGCCUAUCAAUCCAAUCCUUAUCAAAAUGGCUGGCAAUACAUGACAGCUCCCUGGCGUGUAGCGAAGAACAUACUCGCAAACAUGCAGACUGACGCAGUCUAUAAGCGCCAAGCCUCCAGCGGCCAAACUGUUUACAACUCGACCACUGGCCUUUGGACAACACCAGGCUACUAUACCAGUGAUGACUUUGGCGACGACGGAGAUAAUACGAUCCAUUUUGAUCAAGGAUCGUACAACAGCGAUCAUUACGUUGCGGCGAAUGUGUCGACUUUGAAUAUUACGAGCGAUGAUACUCUGGUCGAUGUAUAUGUUACCAGUUUCUUUGCCGCAGCUGCUGCGAAGUAUUUGACUGGAAAUACUACUGGAUGGGUCAAUGUGACAAAUAGCACUGGCGGUGUCUUCACGAGCUUUGAUACGGUGCCGGCAUAUGCCAAGUUGUUCUGGGACAAGGACUGCUAAAAAGUUCGAUCUAGCACAUAUAGCAAAAUCUACGUGGCGCAAUGCCAACAAAGG